UUUUGAUUCCCUGAACUUUAAAUCGAAACCCCCAAUUCAAACUGAAACCACCCUCGGCUCCUAGUUCUAGCCACCUAGGCCCAUUCCUUACCACAUUCCCCAUGCAGGCUCGCAGCCGAGGGCCGUUAUUUUUAACUCCAGCCCCCGAAUUCCGCCGCAUAACCACAAAUCCAAUCCCUUCUCUCUCCUUUGACUUGAUGUUUGAACCCCCAAUUGCUCCAUCGCCACCACCAUUAGAUAGUCACCUGAAAUGAUCAGGACAUAAAAAUCCCCAUUGGCCAGUGUGAUUGUAAACGAGGAGGGAAGGGAGGGAGAGAGAUUUCUUUGGGGCCCGAAGAGGGAAAACCAACUAGGGCGUUCAAGUUUACAGACACACUCUUUAUCAGAAACACGAACCAGCAAUUCUACUUUCUCCACUUCAGUCUUCAUUCUUCUUUCCUUCCCGCUUUUUUUUUUUUUUCUCUCUCUAUAAAGGUAGCUUUUCUCUCCUCCUUUCUUUUUUUUUUUUUUUCAACUUUCCUUCCACUUGGGAUCGCCAUCUCUUUGUCUAGUUAUGUGCUCUUCCCAUGGUAAUAAUUGGUUAAAGAGUAUUAGUGAAUCAGUAUUAAGGUCUCUUUUGUGAAUGUAAUUUUGCUUUAUGCUCUGUUUGGCUUCUCGGAAAAUGUGGGGGGAAGAUUGGAUAAUCUAAUAUUUAUAUGUUGGAGUUUGUGUGUGUGUUUAUAUGUUAAUUUUCCUCCACUGUAAUCAAAUAUCAAGUGUUUUUAUGUUGUAAGGAAUUACUGUGUUCUCAAUGUCUAAUUUGGAAAACAUUUGGUUUGAGAAUUUAGAGAAACAACUAACAACAAUUUGACCCGGUUCUUUUGUUAGUAUAAUAUUAUCCAAAGCUCUACAAAUAAUUCUGGGGAAUUAGUUCUGUCAAUAGAAAUAAUAUUUAAUUAUAGUUUGAAUUUAGGUUGUUGGGCUUUUCGAUUUGUAUGGUGGGGUGUGGAUGCAGAAGUGUUGACCAUGGAGGAUUGAAGAUGGGAAUAAAAUUUUGGAUUUAGCUGUUGCCAUUUGAGUAAACAAUGCAGAACCGUUUGCCUGUGUUUUCUUGUGGAAAAAAAAGAAAAGAAACAAAAACUGUGUGCAGAGGUGCAGAAGACAACAUGUGCGUCAGCAAUGGGCUGUUAUUGAGAUUUCUUUGUCAGGUCUACCUAAUUAUUUAAUGUCCCUGAUUUGCAUUCUUGCACUAUUAUUGGUUGAAAGGUUAGAGAAGUAGCAAAAGUUUCUUUGAUAGGUGUUGGACUAUGAAUUUCAAUUUUAAGAGAGAGAAAUUCUGAAGGAAUUGCUUCCAGAUUGGUUCUCAAGUGUGCAGAAGUUGCUUUUCAUAAGAUAUGCAAUAUUGGGAAUUUGAAAUUGUACAUGAGUGAGUAGCCAAGUACUUCUGUUGUUUCACAAUUUACUCAUCUGAUAUUGUGCUAGGGCAAAUUCAACUGCUAGAGAAUUGCACUUAUUGUUGCCUAGGACGCUCAACCUGUUGCAUGCACCCAAAUUCUGUUAUACUAAUCUUGUUUUGUUAUAGUCCAAUUUUAUCUUUACUGUUGCUAUUGAUUUCUAGAGAUCUUUCUUGCAUUUUCCAGUUUAAUUAUAAGUGUUUUGUGGAAUACUCGUAUUAUAUUAUUUUUGGUCUAGCUUUUUUAGUGCCCUUUUCUUCCCGUCUCCUCUACCCAACAACCCCCCCACCCCCCCUAACCCCCCAACCCGCGGCCUCCCUCCCGGCCCCUUCUUUUUUUUCUUCUUCCCUUCCUGUCCCUCUCUUUGCGAAAAAGAGCAAAUAUGUUAUUCAUCUAUUUUCUGUUUGUAUUAUUGCCUUACUUCUACAUUUUGAUAUAGGAGGUCAAAAAAGAUGUCUUCUGAUACUGCGAAAGAAAAUGCAUCUGUAGUUGACUCCUCAGUAACUGAAUGGAAACAUGACAUGGGCAAUUUUGAUGAUCCAGCUCAAGAAAAGAAGAAGAAAAUUUGAGGAUUUGUAGAGAAGGGAAAUUUGAGAGAAAGAGUCUUUGGAGAGGUGCAGACUGCAGGGAAACUGGACAAAAUAUCGAUGUGGAGUUGUCUUUGCACAACAAAAGAAAAAGCAGAUUAUCUGCUUUAUGGUAAGAGAGUCCAAUCUACAAAGGUGAUGAGGAUAUUUAUCCUCAUAGGGCUGAAAAAGCAGGUCAUGAUAAUGAUCGGAUGGGAAAUUCAUCUCUAAACAAAAAGGGUCGAUUGUAUAAUACAAGAUAUUUCAUCAUUAAGAGUUUGAACCAUCAUAAUAUUCAACUCUCAGUUGAGAAAGGAAUAUGGGCUACUCAAGUCAUGAAUGAACCAAUUUUGGAAGAGGCCUUUCAUAAUUCUGAUAAAGUCAUUCUAAUAUUUAGUGUCAACAUGAGUGGUUUCUUCCAAGGUUAUGCCCAAAUGAUGUCUGCUGUUGGGUGGAGGCGUGACAACAUCUGGAGCAAAGGAUGUGGUAAAAUUAAUCCUUGGGGCUGCAGCUUUAAGGUUAAAUGGCUGCGGUUAAAUGACUUGCCUUUCCAAAAGACACUUCAUCUCAAGAAUCCAUUGAAUGACUUCAAACUUGUUAAAAUUAGUAGAGACUGCCAGGAAUUACCGGAAGAUGUAGGAGAAGCUCUUUGUGGGCUGAUUGAUGGGGAGAGUGAUAUUGAUGGCAUGCUGAAAAGGGAUGAGCUUCCUUUGAAAAGGCCUUAUAUAGUACCUAUAUGUUCACUAGGGGAUGGAGAAUAUAAUAUGCCUUCGCUACACAUGCCAUGGGUUAGGACAUCUAUGCCUUAUCAUUCCUUUCUCUACCAACAUCAUGCCGAAGCAAGUAGAUUUCAUUUGGCUCAUCAGGGAUCUAGUGGUGUUAAUAUGCCUCUUCCAUCUGGUGCAUCAAAAAUGUCAAGGAUGAAACAUUCUCAACUUAAUGGAAUUCUUGCAAAUUUACAAUUAAAGGGUGAUGUGCAUUGUCAAAAUGAUGCUUGGGCCUUGUCAGCAGAAAGUCCUCUGGCUAGUACUCUGACUGAAGAUGAUUUUCUUGAAAUGACAUAUGAAGAGUACCUGGAAGUGCAUAGCAGAAGCGUCAAACAAUUAAAUCUGUCUGUAGCCGGACCAUCUCUAACAAUUAAGGAGCCAUCAAGGAGAAGAAGUAAAAAACAUGAUGAUGAUUCAUAAGUUUGUUUCAGUUUAUGUCUGUGCAAUGAAAUUGCAUUUCUGCAAGCCUUCACUGAUUGAGUGAUGUUAAUGCAGAAACUCAAGCUUUGUAACUGAUCAAUGUCACUCACGUAAGAGGAUGCAUCAUUCAUCUGAGAAAUGAUUGAAUACCUCACACAAGUACCUAUAGUUAGCCCUCCAGCUGAUGAUGAUACUAUUAUCUGGUGGAGUUUUUGAAUUUGCCAUUCAAGGCAAUAUCUCAGCCUAUUCUAAUCCCAGGAACUGGGACUCAUAAUAUUCUCUUGUUGUACACUUCAUGUACUUAAAAUUGAUGAU